AUGGCUAGUCAUUGGUCCAACUUGAGGAACUCAAAAAAAAUCAGCGGUCGUAUGUCUGGCAUCGGUUUCAGAGGUGGGUAUGAGAAAGGGAAAACUGCUGGUACAUAUGCUGUUAGGAAAAACCUGAAACCAUCACAGCUCCGACUGGAAGCUCGCCUUAGACAAAAGUUACGAAGUCACAAUGAAUUCAUCAGUCAUUGGUUCCGUCAUUUCUCCAAAGCUGCUCAUGCCCAAAAUACCGAAGCGCUCAAGGAAUUUGGAAUCCCAAGCUGGUCUGAUGCUGCUUGGGAAAGUCAUCAGAAGGAUCCGACUCCCUUAUGCUCAAAUGUCAUCGUGACGUCAAACGACUUCUCCAAUAAGGUAUCAUUGAAGUUUUAUGGAAAAGCAAUGAACUCGCUCAUCACACUAUUGGCCCUCCGGAAGAGCUCAAAUCGACCAAGAAAACCACUCACUUUGGUUGUUCCUUCCAGAUUUCUCAUCGACUUGUCGCAAGGGCCAUGA